AUGGCGGCUUCUGAAUCUAAAUACUCCUUAGUUGGGGACUCGGAGUCGAGAGACUCGGACAGCGAGUCCGGUACCUUCCUCCCGCGUUCGUCAUAUCAGACUGGACCUCGCCGUCGAGUGUGGCCCUGGAUCCUUCACGUGAUUUCCUUCCUGAUCUCAGCUUCUUUGUUCGUGGCGGCUGCUGCCAAUUACCAUCGGAGCUUGGGGCCUGCCGGUUUUGACGAGCCAGGAUACACUCAAGAAUACAGCAAGGCCGUCGAGUCCGUUGGCCUGCGGCACUCGUGGCAAUACUAUGGGGAAUUCGCGCAGCCGUCGCCAUGGCGUGGGCAACCUAAUGCCGACGUUGAUGCUGCGUGGGAGAAUAUCACCCAUGCUGGCGUCUUCUCCAUCACCAGAGAGCAGAUGGAGAGGCUUAACAAGCUGCACAAUACUAGCGUCAUGUUGCCUCCAGAAUCCGGUGGUGGCUACAUGGCCUCGUUGGAAGCUACUCACCAGAUGCACUGCGUGGACAUGCUGCGAAAGUUCUCGUACAGGGAGUACUACGCCGACAAAUCAGCGCCCUUCUCCGACCCUGACAAGCUGAGGACGCACAUGGACCACUGUAUCGAGAUGCUUCGCCAAGUCAUCAUGUGCUCAGCCGAUUUACAUAUCAUCACGUACGACUGGGUAGCUCACGUUGACACACCUUGGCCUGACUUCAGCGUCAGCCGCCAGUGCAGGAACUACGACAGCAUCAUGGAUUGGAUCCACCAGCGCACUGCGAUGACGUCCGCGCCAAAGGGGCUUAUCAUCCGGCCCGAAGGAGCGGCGGUUAAGCACGUCGAGCCAGUCGAGUAUGUGCAUGAGGGUUUCUAA